AUGAUCAACAUCCGUUAUCUGCUGCUGUAUGGCAUGGCCAAGAAGUCCUGGAGCACACCCUUAACAUACACCACGGCAGUCCGCGCCAGCCACGAAGUCAAUGACGACAUGAUGGACAUUGCGGGGCUGAUCAUGGUGCACCCUUACUUCUGGGGAGCCAAGCGGCUGCCCUCGGAGCUCGCGUGGACGGACGACUGCGAGGGCGCCAGUGCCACGGCGGUGUUCCCGCCGUACGGGGUGGACCGGCUGUGGCCGUUCGUCACGGCCGGCCAGGCCGGCAACAAUGACCCCCGGAUCGACCCUCCGGCGUCGGAGGUCUCGCUGGCUUGCAGCCGCGUGCUCAUCGCCGUGGCCGGGAAGGACACUCUGCGGGACCGCGGCCUUGACCUGGCGGCCCGCAUGCGCGAUCACGAUGCGCCGUGGCCUUGGAUGACGCCGGGGCGCCGCGAGGUGACGGUGGUGGAGUCGGAGGGCGAGGACCACGGCUUCCACCUCUACAGUCCGCUGAGGGCCACCAGCAAGAGGCUCAUGGGAAGCAUCGUGGAGUUCAUAAACCAGCAGCCCAACUCGUCGCCUGCUAAUCCUAUGGUGUUCGGCGUGCCCACGACGCCGUUCAAGGACGUCUUCGGGUAUGGCAUGGCCAUGAAGUCCUGGAGCAAACGGUCCAGUAUGGCUACUUCCUUUAAAAUUGGAAGGGUUGGGCCAUCCAACAAAAUCUCGGUUCGACUGCCGAUGCCUACUGGUAACGCUCAUCACAAACAUCCAUUAUCUGCUGCGGUUCCGUGGGGUUGUGUGAUCAACAAGUUUUUCUAGAUGAGGCCGGCAUGAUCAACAUCCGUUAUCUGCUGCUGUAUGGCAUGGCCAAGAAGUCCUGGAGCACACCCUGUAUGCCCUUCUCCUACGUAUACUACACUAAAUAAAACACAAAGAGUCUGCCACGUAGUAUUAAUUACUCUAUGAGUCAUGUGAGUCCUUCAUGCCAAGAGCUGGAUUAUUAGCUAAGAGGGUCCUAGUGGUCCCAUCCAUUGGGAUUUGUCGGAGAUCUAAUUCACAAAUAUAUGCCAAUUACCGGCCAGGGAAUUAUAUGUAC